AUGGCUCCUUCCGCGGAGGCCACAGUAGAACCCAUCCAGCCUCCUCCUACGCCGCCCACCGACCGCCCUCUGCAUACUCUUCCCGCGCCGUUUACAGAUUCAAACCUCACAGUCCUGGCCCAAGGCGCAGAAGCGCUCGUCUACAAAACCGUCUUCCUCACGCCGAACACACCCUGCGUCGUCAAAUACCGACCCCCAAAACCAUAUAGACACCCCACGCUCGACAGGCGGUUAACGAAAGCACGAAUACUAGCUGAGGCAAGAGUGCUCGUCCGGUGCAAGAAGGAGGGGGUCAGCGUGCCUGGAGUACUAGGCGCGGAUUGGGACGAAGGCUGGCUUGCGCUGGAGUGGGUGGAGGGGAAGACUGUGAGGAGGGUGCUGGAUGGCUGGGCGGAGAGGAUAACAGCGCUACAGAGGGAGGGGAAGAAGACGGAGGAGGAGACGGAGGAUGAGGCGAUGUUGGGGCUUAUGAGGAGGGUGGGAAGAGUGGUGGGGAGGCUGCAUGAGAUUGGGGUUUGUCAUGGGGAUUUGACAACGAGCAAUUUGAUGCUGAAGCCGCCUGAGCGAGCUGAUACCAGCAGGACGCCAGACCAUACCUCCGACUCGCUCGAAGGCGAAGUCACGCUCAUAGACUUCGGUCUCGCAACGCAAAGUACGCGGGCCAUGCAGGAAGAGGAACGCGCAGUGGAUUUGUAUGUGCUGGAAAGAGCCUUCGCCGCUACACAUCCGGCAGCCGAGCCGCUCUUCCAGGAGGUAUUGAAGAGUUAUGGAGAGAGCUUCAAAGGAGCACGGCUGACAUUGAGGCGGUUGGAAGAUGUCAGGCUGCGGGGUAGGAAGAGGAGUAUGUUGGGCUGA